AUGGCCAGCUCUGAAAUCAUGGGAAUAGUCGACUCCACGAUCUACGGGGAUACCCACCAGACCUGGUACCUCCUUCUCGGUGACCUCAGCUCUGGCAAAUGCCCCCUCGUUACGCACCAUGGUGGCCCCACAUUCGCAACCAUGCCGCAUUCUGAGCUCUCGGCAGAACACACACCUCCGCGAGAAGCCGGAGGAGUUCUGGAGGGUGUAGCUCCCAUCGAGGAGCUUGCGAACCUUGUGUUCGCGAAGCAGUCUGAGAGACUGAAGCGAAUGGUCUCCGUGUGGACGCCGUCGUCGAUGGAGCUGUCGCAUGAGGAGACGAAGAAGCUGCUCAAACAUAAGGGCCCGAGAAUAGAAAAGCGCGAGAGGGAGGGUCCGACGGAAAGAGAGGAGUACGAGAAAGGGAUGGAGGUUUCGCAGACACCGAAGUGGGUGCAAUUCGCAAACAGUUUUCACCCAGCGUUCUUCGAGGAGCCAGAGCGGUACUUCCGAAUUGUUGGGCAAUUCUUGGAUGCAUCGUAG